AACUAGUUUGGAUCGUCGUUGUAACAGCUUUUUCUCAGACGCGGGCACGGUUUUCGCGUUCGCGUUCAUCCAUCCCUUCGCGAAGGAUUUUUUUGCCCCACUGAAGUGGCGCUGUGCGCGACUGCUAACUCGCUCCAGCAUCUCUGGAACUCGAUACCGAUUGUUUUUUUUUUUCGAGAUUGGAUUUUAAUAGCCGGAACGUGUGUGUGUUUUAUUGUGUGUAACUGUGUCGGAUCCAAAUCCUGUUGCCCGUGAUCGACCCCCGGAUAGGUGUUAACUGAAGUUUAAAAUUGUUGUUCCAAAGUGGAUUGUGGAACCACCUACUCCACCGCCCUGCUGUGUGUGUGGGGCCGGGUUUCGGAGGGGGCCGUGCAGACCAGGUGCAUCAUUUGCAUGCGCCACACACAGUCGGUAAAUUCGAGUGGAAGUGAAUUGAUGCAAAAUAGUGUUUCAAGGUGGUGCAGCAGAGAGCGAUACACACUACUCACGGCGAAGUAACCAAGUUUUCUGCUGUGUUGUUUUGCUGUCGUCAGCCCACAACGAAAGUAAAAAUAAAACCGUAAAUUAAGUGGAAUACACAAUGCAAGCUGUUCCAAUCAAACCAAACGUCAAACGUGGAUAGCAGAUGAAGUGAAAGAGUGUUAUAUCCAGCCCCAACAAAACGACGACGAUCACGACACGACAAACCUGCCGAAACCGAAACAAAAAUUCAACUAAUUUUAUCAAAUCAGCUGGAACAGUGCAAAUCGAAUUAAACCAGCUUUUACCCAACCAAAGUAACACAAAAAAAAAAAAAAAUUAAGAAAUAUUGGGUGGCAGCGCGAACGCAACGAAAAAAAUAAUCACCUUCACCAACCAUUUAAGGGGAAGGGACUUACCCCCUUCCGCGAGCGCCCCAAGUGAGACUGCGCUAUUGUUUUGAAAGUUUUCCUAGGGAAAAUAAUGACGAAACAGUCGGCGGCGAAGAAGUAGCAAAGAAUGACUAAUAGUGCUGUUGUUGGUGUGAAGAAAUUAAUCGUAACGAAAAGAAAGUGAUAUUAAAAGUGAAAUUGUAAGGCACGAAAAAAAUGCGGCCCUAACAAUGCGGCCGACUAUAAUUAAUUGAGCAAUAAGUGCAGCAAGCGAUUGUGGAUACGACGAUGUAGUUGGGAGAGCGAAAAAAAAACGAUCGCUCGUCGAAUACCGAUAGUCUAUCAGUUCUGCGAUUCGUCGGAGAAGAAGACGAAAAAAUAUGCUUCAGCCGGAGCUGUUUGGUGGAAGCGGGGAUCAUCACCACCGCUAUAGGAACCACCACCGGCACUACCAUGGCCACAAUCAUCAGCACCAUCACCCGAACACGGGUGGGUCGUCCUCGGGCGAUCGGAGAUCGUCCCGAUCUUCCUCUUCGCGGACGCAUCUCCAUAGCAACGACGGUGAGAGGCUAAAGUACCAAAAUGCGUUUAGUUCGCCCACCGGAUCCGGAAGCUCGGACGGGUACUAUCGGUACUAUCCUCACCAGCACAGUAGCUACUACGAUACGGGUGACAAGCUGGACAGUUUGAAUGGUAGCGACUCGAAGAGGAACGAUAGCAACAACAAUAACAACAGUACGAGUAGUAUCGUGAGUAAUGCCAGCAGUGAUAAGGGGAGCAGCAGCAAUGGGAGCAAGAAGAAGACCACGGUGGUUUAUGUGGGUGACGGUAGGAGUCGGGUGAGGAGGGUGGUGAGAACCCAAACCAGACACAUAACGGUGGUCAGCUAUUCGGGCAGGAAGAAGGAGACGGAGACGCUCACGAGCCAUCAUGCGACGGUUCUAAGCUUUCCACAGAAGAUUGAUCGUCCGGCCCAGAUUUACUCGACACAUCAUCACCAUCCCGGGAGUGGCAGCAGCAGCGGUGGUAUCCUGGUCAGUGCUGCCAGCAGCAGUAAUGCCAGCGGUAGCCUGUGUGGAUCCGCCGGAGGUAGCGGCGGCGCAGUGGUCACUGCCGCCGGCGGUUACGUGUAUCUGCCACCAGCGACCGUGAGCUCCACCCAAACGCAGCACCAGCACUAUGUGUCGCCCCAACAUCUUGCCUAUCACCAUCACCACCAGAACAACAGCUACCACCACCAGCUGGGAGCGGUGGCGGCGGGUCACCAGACGAUUGCCACGCCGACCUUGCACAAGAAGGGAUCGAUCCGCAGCAACGGCGAGGUGCUCAAGAGGACCCGUGUCCAGAAUGCGUAUGAACUGUCGCAGGAUCUGUUGGACAAGCAGAUUGAACUGUUGGAGCGCAAAUACGGUGGCGUUAAGGCUCGUAACGCGGCACUCACCAUCCAGCGGGCCUUCCGGCACUACACGAUGGUCAAGAAGUUCGCCUCCAUCACGGCAAUGGCCAAGGCGGAGAAGCGCAUGAGCCGACGAGUUCAACAUCAACAGCAACAGGUGGAAUUGGAGAUGAUGCAGCAGCAGCAACAACAGCAACUCGAGCAGCAGCAGCAGCAGCACCAGGGUCAUCUGCCAGAAGAAGGACACAUGUACGAAGAUGGUAGCCUGGGUGGUCAACGCGUAUGUGCCACAAUCUCCGCCACCCCGCCGGGAACGCUCCAUCACCGGGUGACCCCGGUGCGCUCGAUGUCCCUACGCGAGCGUCGCCUUGACUCCAGCCCUAUUCCACGAAGCCAAUCGGGAACAGCUUCCCCAGCCCCACCUGCCAACAGUUCCUGGUCCCAAAGUCCAAUCACCACUGGGGUCGCUUGCCCCCAGCAACUCCAACAGCAGCAGCCAUCGCUGAUUCCCCAACACCAGCAGUACUCCCACCCGCAUGUAAAUAUUCUGCACCAGCAGCAACAGCAGCAGCACUACUAUGCCAGCGCCCAAUCGUGCUCCUCGUCGCCCCAUCAGCUGCAUCACCAGCAAGCAUACCAAAGCCAGUACGGAUCGCAGGAUCUGAACAUAAGCGCUGGAAGCUCGGUGCUGGAUUCAACCAUAUCCUCGAUGAAUCUGUCGUGGAACUCGGGCAGCGUUUCGAACGCAGCCAUUGUGGCCACAGCCGGCGGCGGUGCGGUGCCACACCACAGUCCGUACACGCCCCACUAUACGGCCGCCCAGAUUUACAUGCGACCACGAGGAAUCGGCAUCGGAAGCUCCGGUGGCAGCACCGGAUCCGCCGCCAGUAGCUGCAGUGCCAGCCGUAAAGUGCCACCCGAAGUACCAAAGAGAACUUCAAGCAUCACAUCCGCACAGCACACACCGAACCGAUCGUUGCGGCCGAAUGGACUUUGCAAAACGGCCGAGAACGGAUCACUCAGCUCGGUGCAAUCUUCCGGCAGUGAUUCGUCCGCAUCGGCAGAGCGAGUUCAGGGUGUCGGUGAGUUGGGAUCGGAUCGAUCCAGUUCCCCACAGUGGAAGCGGAAAGGGCCGGGAAGCUGUACUGGCAGUACUGGUGGCAUGCCCAUGACUGCCCAGAGCCCCGAUCAUAUGAUAGGAGGUCCCACCGGGACAGUUGUUGGAGGAGGAGUAGGUGGCAGUGCCAACGUCACAAUUGGCAGCAUGGAGAGCGAAUGUUUAAGCUCGCACACCAGUGCCGCCCAGUAUUCAAUGGAGCAGCACGAUCAGAUUGUUCACACGCCCACGAGCUACAAGGUGUCCGAGACCAUUCGCAAAAGACAGUACCGAGUGGGAUUGAAUCUUUUCAACAAGAAGCCCGAGAAAGGUAUCACCUAUCUCAUCCGGAAGGGCUUCCUCGAGAACACCCCCCAGGGUGUGGCCCGGUUUCUUAUCUCGCGCAAGGGUCUUUCGCGGCAGAUGAUCGGCGAGUAUCUCGGUAACCUGCAGAACCCCUUCAACAUGGCCGUGCUGGAUUGCUUCGCCGGUGAGCUGGAUCUCUCCGGGAUGCAAGUGGACGUGGCGUUGCGCAAAUUCCAGGGCUACUUCCGUAUGCCGGGCGAGGCGCAGAAGAUCGAACGGCUGAUGGAAGUGUUUUCGUCACGGUACUGUCAGUGCAACAGCGACAUUGUGGCGAGGCUGCGCUCACACGACACCGUCUUCGUGCUGGCCUUCGCCAUCAUCAUGCUCAACACCGAUCUGCACACGCCGAAUCUGAAGCCCGAGCGGCGAAUGCGCUGCGAUGACUUUAUCAAGAACCUACGGGGCAUUGAUGAUUGUCACGAUAUCGACCGGGAUAUGUUGACGGGCAUUUACGAGCGGUUGAAGGCGAACGAGUUCAAACCCGGCUCGGAUCACGUCACGCAGGUGAUGAAGGUGCAGGCGACGAUCGUCGGCAAGAAGCCCAACCUGGCGUUGCCUCAUCGGCGGCUGGUGUGCUACUGCCGGUUGUAUGAGAUUCCCGAUAUCAACAAGAAGGAACGACCGGGAGUGCAUCAACGGGAAGUGUUCCUGUUCAACGAUCUGCUUGUGAUCACUAAGAUCUUCAGCAAGAAGAAGAGCUCGGUCACGUACACCUUCCGGAAUAGUUACCCGCUGUGCGGAAUGGUCGUCACGCUGCUCGAUGUGCCGAAUUAUCCCUACUGUAUUCGCCUUUCGCAGAAAGUGGACGGCAAGGUGCUGGUCACGUUCAACGCCCGCAACGAGCACGACCGCUGCAAGUUCGCCGAGGAUCUGCGCGAGUCGAUCAGCGAGAUGGACGAGAUGGAAACGCUGCGCAUCGAGGCGGAACUCGAGCGCCAGAAGUCGGCCCGCGGUCAGCGCAGCGGCAACAGUGAGAACCGCGACAGUGGCGUGGCGGACGUGGAGGUUUGCGCCGGCCAGUACCACAACCACCACCACCACCAUCUGCACCAAGGUAGUGGCCAAGUCGGCGGCGGCGGUGGCGGCGUCUCGCCUAGCGAAUGCGGAAUUGCACACACACAUAGCGAAGCACAGUUGAAGCGAAGCGCUCUUAGCAAUUCACUCUUAGAUAUGCACGAACAAUUUGGCAAUGAGAAGCCCCAACGGCGUGGUAGUGUUGGCUCGUUAGAUAGCGGAAUGUCGAUCUCAUUUCAAUCCACCUCCGCGAGCACUGGUUCACGUAGCGAUAUCAAGGUGCGAAUGAUGCCCCAUAGCAACACAUCCGGCCAAAUCAUAAUGCAUGCCGGCCAGCAUCCCACCGCCCUGAUGGGUGCCAUUUACCAUCAACAAAUUCUGCACCAGCAACAGCAGCAGCAACAUCAACAACAGCAUCCGCCGACUGCCGCCAUAUCACAGACCGCAAUCAUUGGUGGUGGCAGCACCAGUCAGCAGCAACCGACGCAGCCAAAUCAGUUGACACUGGCGGCGGCAGCGGCGCAGCCAACGACGCGUCGGGAGCGGAAGCUAUCCCGCACGGAGGAUAAUACCGCACUGACAGCGGCUGGCGGACCGGGUGCUCCCGGGUCCAGCUAUGGACGCUCAACGGAGGUUUAAGGAAAGUUCCCACAGAGUGUAGAGCGCUGUUUCGGUGUCCAAUGCAAAUGUGUAAAUACCAGAUGGCAGCAUCGUACAUCGUACACCGUCACCAGAGACACAAACCAACCAAAUCGUUUCCUAUAAUAAAAUAGGUGUGUUUAUCUUCUUCGCAAACAAAAGUAAAACAGUAAAAGAACGUGCGAAAGUGAUUGUUUAUUAGUCAUACUUAAGCCAAUUUCUCAAUUCUUGCGAUUUUAUCCCAUUUACGAAACGCGAACCCACAUCUAGAGAAUACGACAACACAAAUCAAUACAAAGAGCAAUAACCGAAUGAAGCAAAACACAAAACAAACUCUAUAAAACUACUAAACAAACAAAAAAUAUACAACACAGCAGUCCAGCCAAUUGUUCAUUCGUUUUUCUCUGUGCUCCCCUCCCCCACCAAUCAAUUCUUAGAGGCGGGCGUGUAUAUGUUUGCUAUUCCAAUUCCAUAGAAAUCAUUUUUACCUGCGUGCGUGUAGGUGUGCGUGUGCGCGACGAGUUUGUGUGCGAGCGUGUGUUGUAAAUAGUUGAUUCCCCUUGCAGCUCCGCCCAUCCGCUAACCACAUCCAUCCCAAACCUCACCAUUUCUAUAGUUUGUAGCUAAUAUGAAUUCGCGCAGUAUACACAAGUAAGCAAACAAGCAAAAAAAAAAACAAAAAACAGAAAGGGAUAAUAACAAGUUUGUAAUCUAUUCGUGAGUAUAUUAAAACAAAAAACAAAAAAGAACUUAUCGAAACAAGAGGGGAAAAUGGAAGCGGAAACAAUAAUAAUUAUAAUAAUGUAAUCUUAAUUUAAGUUUGUGAACAGACUCGAUCGACUUUGACGCGGAGGACAUAUUGAAUGAGCGGAGAAAACGUGGUGGAUUUAUUUUUGUAACAUAAAAAUAUUCAUAGAAAUAAUUUCCGAAUGCGUGCGGGGCAAACCGCGUAUCUCAGCAGGCGGGAGUCAAAAAUUUCGUCACAAAAAUAAAAACAGAGACAGAGACAGGAGUUAAUCAAACGUUCGAUGUGUUACUCUGUGUUUGGAGAGGUUUAGUUUUACUCUUGUAUAAAUUAACUCUUAUAGAUGCUGAAACGUGGAUUUGAUAUGAACUCUCGUCAGAAGAGAAAAACGGAGUGGAAUAUGUGAGAGCGGAUAGCGGAUGAGGGAAGAUUGGUAAAUAAUAAACAUUAAGUGUAGGCUAGGGUCAAUGUGUGGAGGAAAAUAAUGACAGUGCGCGGGAAGUGAUGGGUAGACGAAAGGUGAAAGAAUAAAAUUGCAGAAAAAAUAAUCUAGUCCUGUUCGAUAAACGUAGUAAUUUGACACUUGAAGAACUAAAAAAACAACCAAGCUUGUGGAAAAUAAUAAUAUAUUCGUAAAGCUUAAGAAAGAAAGCAAACACAAAUGAGGUAACGGAAUCGUGAAAUGAAUAAAGCAAAAAAAAAACUCAUUUAACUACAAUCUCUGAAUAAUUACAGUUUGAAAAUAAUACUAAAUUUUACAGAGUAAAGUGUUACAAGAGAAUACCCCGUUGUCCCCCCGUCAAACAAAUCUGUGGAAUAGUGAUAAUCGCUCCUGUGGAAAAAAAAAAGAAUUGACAAAUUAUUCACGUAAACCGAUUUAACAGAACAAUAAUAAAUAUUCGAAAAUACGAGA